ACUCAACGUUUGUCUGCGUGCGUUUCAGACAAGAAAAAAAUGGGAGAUUGUUGCCGACCCUUGAUCCAAGAAAUUGGCCGCCGUGAGAAGAGAAGUAGUAGACCCCUUAUUGUUGCCGACCCUUGCUCCAAGAAGCUCAGGAGGGGUUAUGAGCUUGUUGAAGAGUCCAUUGUAGAGGCUGAAGAGCAGAUUGCAGAGAUUGAUAAAGAGUCGUCCAUGGUAGAGACUGAUGAUGAGUCAGAGACUGAUGAAGAGCUGCCUAAGAUCCAUUUCCCAAUGCUUGAUGAAAAGGAGGACGAGCGUAUUCUUCGAAGAAUGAAUGAGAGGCUUACAUUGGAGCGAGGUCUAAAGUGGGCUGUUUAUAGAUUCAUGGUAGGCAAUGAUGACAAGGAGAAGUUUAGGUCACUAGUAGAAUCCUUAAAGAAUGAUUAUAAUGAGGAGAAGAACUCACUGAUAGCAUUUUUUGAGGGCCCCCCCACAUUUGUUAUGGUGGCUGUGGAGGCAAACACACUGGACACAAAGUCUGUUGUUGGCAUUAGUGAUAUUGUUAACCAAUUAUAUGGCAUUCCAGACGUUUCUCAAACUUCAAAUCAAGACAAGGUCAAAGCGCGGCUGCUUUUUUUUGAGUUAGAAGUAUUAUACCUUCUAAACCGGCAAAAGAUUCAAAGGCUUGUUGUUGCCCAACAUUGCAUUAUCAAUAUCUAUACUUCAGGUUAUCCAUCAUGUGAUAGGGGCCAGGAAGAUAUGAUUAUUGAUGUAGGAGGCGAGCAUCGUGACGUAUGUAGGGUACUUGUGGCAAUGCUUUCUUGUGUUUAUGAAGAGUUCCAAUAUCCCAAAAGUCUCAUACAAUCCAUGGAAAUGAGAAUGCGCAACCUCCCAUCUACUGGAUUAACUCAUAAAUUGUAUGUCUAUGGAAGAAAGCAAAAGAUUAUGGCGUCAUAUGAAGAUGGAAAAGAGAUGAUGUCUCUAGAUUAUCUUUUGCUCAGCAAGCCAUUCCUUCUUGUGUUUCUUCGACUGGAUCAUGCCGAUCUCUUGACUCGUGAAGAGGGCAAGUUUAUAAACAAUAUCCGUGGCCCAUCGGAUUCUGAAUUUGAAGUUCGGCUAACAGACUACGGAAGCGGAUCUGUGAAGCUCAUCAUUUUUGGGAAGUCUGCAGGUGUAACUACAGAUGCAAUGAAGACGUUUGUAGUAAAGUUUUUACUUUGUGGUUUUGAAAUAAAAAUUCUCUCUCUCUCUCUCAUGCUUUGGUACAGUGACCAAAAAAAGCUAAGAGAACUGGGAGAUAUGGGGGAUGCUCAAGCGUUUGACUUGGCUAAGGUUCUGGAAAACCGGCAGUUUAAUGGCAGCGGUGGAGGUUAUUUUGUCGGCAUGUGGCUUUCAGACGAUGAGGAUGAUGAGGAUAUAUGAUUAUGUGUGAUGCCUCUUUACAUAAUUAUUUGGCAAGCAGUUUUUUUUUUGUUAAUAUUACGAUGUCGCUCUUACUCUAAGUUGACGGUUUGAUAUAACAAUUGGUUUGGGGACCAUUGUGUGUGCCUGUGCAAAGAGGUUCAAGGCACAUAUAUUUUGAUCCAAGCUUGGCUUUGGCACUGCGAAUCUGUUUUG